AUGGCAUCCCCAUCUCAGCUACAGACCUUCCCAUCGAAGCCGCGGGUGUUCAUCUUGAGCGACAUCUCCAACGAGCCCGAUGAUGCGGAAUCGCUGGUGCGCUAUCUGUUGUACUCGAACCAGUUCCGGACGGAGGGAUUGGUUGCGUGUACGUCGACAUGGAUGAAGAAUAAGGUGUGCCCGCAGGACAUGCACAAAAUCAUCGAUGGCUAUGAGAAGGUCGUCGAUAACCUGAACGCUCAUGCCCACCCGAACGAUCCCUACCCGACAGCACAGUACCUGAGAUCUUUGGUUAAGAAGGGUGCAGAGAGCUAUGGCAUGACAGCAGUUGGCAAAGACAUCCCCCUCAGCGAGGGCGGGGAACUGCUUCUCGAGAGAAUCAAAGCCCCCACAGACGACCCCCUCUGGAUCCUCUGCUGGGGAGGAACCAACGUCCUCGCCUCCGUCCUCCUCAAAAUUCACCUGACCCACUCCCUGGCCGACGCCGCCAAGCUGCGCUCCAAGUUGCGCGUCUAUACCAUUUCUGAUCAGGACGAUACAGGCGCUUGGAUCCGCCACCACUGCCCCGACAUCUUCUACAUCUGCUCCGUCCACGGAUGGAACCAGUACGGUAUGGCUGCAUGGACUGGAAUCUCCGGUGACGGGUGGUACGGCUUCGACAAGGGCGGUCCCGACCCGACCAAGAUCAGCAAGGAGUGGAUCAAAGAACACAUUCAGAUUGGACCUCUGGGCUCAACGUAUCCCGAUUUCAUGUUCAUUCCCGAGGGCGACACCCCGACUUUCCUAUACAUCAUUCAGAACGGUCUCGGCGUGCCUGAACGUCCCGAGUUCGGAUCUUGGGGUGGCCGCUAUAUCGCUACGGAUAUCAGCGGCAAGGGUGUGACUAAUGGACACUUUAGCGAUACCGUGGAUGAAGUCACUGGUAGGGAUGGCCGGCAGUACAAGUCCAACCAAGCGACUAUCUGGCGCUGGCGCGAUGCUUUCCAGAACGAUUUUGCGGCUCGCAUGCAGUGGUCUCUCUCGUCUGAGCUGAGCAAGGCGAACCAUCAUCCCGUGGUGGAUAUCAAUGGUAGCACCGGUCUUGAGCCGCUUCACUUUGAGCUCGAGGCUGGAGCGACAUUCAGGCUUGAUGCUUCUGCCUCGUAUGAUCCGGAUCCGAACGAUUCUCUUACUUUCAAAUGGUACCAGUACCGUGACCCCAGUGCGACCCAGUGGUCCGUUCACCACGAGGUUGGUCAGUUGGAUAUCAAGCCGCUUAAUGAGGCCGGCAGCAUUGUGGAGGUCACACUACCUCCACCUGAGAAGUGCUGCGUGGAGCUUAUCAGUCGGGCUGCUGUGCCCAAGGGUCAGCUCUUGCAUCUGGUGCUGGAGGUGAAGGAUAACGGAUCUCCUGCGCUGAUCAGCUACCGCCGAGUCAUUAUUCAGACCACGAACGAGAAGCUGCUGGGCGGCGGUGGUGGUGCUGAUGCGAUUGGCGAUGUGAUGCGGGACGUGAUCAAUCAAUAG